AUGGGGAAAGAAAAAAGAGGAGAGAAACAUAUGCGGAAGCAACUGGAGGAAAGCUCAGUGGCAGCCAAUCAUGGUGGUACGGUGAUACCAGGGGAGAACGUCGAUGGGCGGGAUGCAUUAUCUCGGACCCAAGAAACACAGCGGAUUGUGGUUGACACGCCGGUCUCAUUGCAGAGCUCAAGCAAUGUAGACAACACGAGUUCCGUGAUGCCAUCCACGGUGCGGGUUCCACGGCGGUCGGAAGAUAAAGUGACAUCGGCUGCAAAAACACGACAUAUUGAUCCGCUUUCCGCCUCUGAUCAUCUUUUUAGAGGAAAGGAAUGUCACACGAAUUCAUUUGCAUUGCCUUCGGUGCUUUCAGAGGAACAUACGGAAAAGGAGUUGUUAUGUCAUUAUCCUUAUCAUCGUGAAGGAAGCUUAAAUCAAUCUUAUGGUGGCCCAAAGAAGGGAGAUUCGUCUGUGUUUAUGCCGCCGAUGUCAAAUGACCCACACACAAGUCUUGGUAGUCUCUCUGGGAUUACAGCACCAAGAAUACGAGAUCGGGAAACCGGUAAAUUGCACGACACGGAAGAGCACUGCGUAGUGAAAAGAAAAAAUUCUAAGAGAGAAAACCAAAAAUUGACGUGUAUGACGCAUGGGCUAAAGCCUUUCUGUAUGAAACAAUCGGAUUUGACACUUGCUUUGAGUGAUUGUGCUAAAAAGACGGCGGAUGUUGCUGAAACUAGUAAGAAGACAGCUGCUCAGGCAUUAAACUUAAGGACAACAGAGUGUUGUAAUGAUGAAGCAUCAUUUGAGUGUCUUGGCAUUAGUUUGUUGCCCUCACAACAUGAAAACUCAAGUAGGGCAUCUGUCCCCCCUCGUAGUCCGCAUUUGGAAAGUAUAAACACCUUGGGUUAUGAAAUGUCUCCGAUUCCACGAGAGCAAGAGGAAACAGGUCGGAGGAAAUUACGAAAGAAACAUUUUUACUGUUGUUUUCAAGAAUUGCCGUUAUCUUCAGUAUUAAUACCUUAUUUUCUGGUUCUUAUGUGCUUGUCUUUGUUCUGUCUGUUAACGCCAUAUUAUGUGACAACUGUUAUCAUCCGAGAAUCUGUUGAAGAGUUUCAUGAACAUGCACGGCUUGAGAUCAAUUCACAGUUAGAGGGUGCACUUAAUGUCCCUACGCUAUUAUCAAGUGUUUUUGUUGCACUGUACGUUGUAGACGAGAGAAAUCCACGUCCGAAUGAUGAUGUGAUACCCAUGGGUUUUGAGAUGUCACAACGUUUUUGUGCUGCAUUACACAACAUGGAUCGUUAUAAGUUUCUGACAUUUAUUUAUAUGGCGUCUUUACCCCGUGAUGAAAUUGCACAUUGCGCAAGGGGAUUUCAUGGGUAUUAUUUUGCUACAGCUGUGCGACGGAAAAGUGAUGGUGCAUUGAAUGCACUUGUUGCUGUUGAUCCUGAGAAUGUGACUCUUGUGGAACCGCAGCUGGUGUUGAAAAAGUUCAGCAAGCCUUUUCUACUUAAAGAUCUUAUAUAUAAUUUUACUCCUACAAAAAAGUUGAUUGAUUCUUGGAAGAAGGAUGUAAUUGCGGGAAAUGAACCCAGGAUGCAAAUGUGGAACGUGGAAAAUUUUCUUAGCCCACGUUAUGUAUACACGUAUCCAUUUUUUGAGAAGGACGGUACAGUUUCUUUUUUAAAAGUUGCACUUGACCUUAGGCGGGUCCUUGGUAAAAUCUUCAUGGAAGAAAGUGACCCAAUUAGUCUGGUUCGAGUUGCAUUGCUUGAGAAUGAUGGGAACGACAGUAAUAUGACGGUGAUUGCAACCAAUUUUAAUGUGAAGUGGCAGGGGGAAAGUGGAGAAGGUGAAUUUGAAUUUGUUUUUACUCAAGGUGGUAACGGCGGGGUCCGUACUAUUGGAAAAGCAGGCGAAUACAUGGUUCCUUCACCGAAGGUAGGGAACAUUAAAGAUCCGUUAAUGCGAGAGGCGUUUCUUCAUGUAAACAUGAAUGAAGUCAUGUCAAUAGUACGCAGUGGGAGAAAAUUCUUUACUACAUUUCCUUAUGAUGGGUCAGUCGGGACCUUUAGUGUCUGUUUGACACAGUCAGAGCUUAAUGCCACGAUGGUCUUAGCUGUUGUGGCACCUCCGUUUUAUGGUGAACGUUUUGAAAUCCUUCAUGUCGUUAGUCUUAUUGGUGCAUUUAUCAGUACAAUCGGGGCGACUUUACUGGUUUAUUUUGUUUUUUCCACUUUAGUCAGUCGCCCGCUGCACAGUAUAGCGGCAGAGCUUCGUGUGACCGCCAAGGUGGAUGUUACUUUAGCCAGAACAUCUAUUAAUACCCCCCGUAUCCGCGGAAUUCGCUUUGCAUUGCUGGAGAUAGACAAGCUGCAGAGUGUGGCUGCUUCACUGAAGAAUCAAAUGCGCCAUUUACGUUCAUUCUUACCAGAGGGGGUUUUGCCGUUACGGUAUGCAACGGAUGAAGAACGGAAAGCAAAAUACAUGGAUGGCGGUAUUCAGAGUGAAACAAGAGAUGCGGAUAUGAGGGAUAGUGUGGAAGGAGCACAAGCAUCUAGCCCAAAUCUCAUGUGCGGAAAAGGUAUGGAUAUUGCGAGAAGUUUGCUUCAAGGUCCACGAGAAAAUAUUAAUGUUUUUGAGGAAAUCAUGUGCUCUGUGGUUUCUGUGCACAUUUUGGAUAUUAAAACUAUUCUGGAACACACAGGCGAAACGGCAAAUAUUGUGGUGGAGGCGGCCAGAAAGUACGGAGGUGGUGUGGAUGUAUUUUUACCAGAACUUUUCAAUUUGAAUUUUCCUUGUCGUGGGGAUAGUCAUUUAGAUAAGUUGGAUGCAACCUUUUGUGCUAUUGAAAUUCACCGCAACCUCCCCGAUGCAGUAAGGCGUUGCUGUGCUAUUCUUGUUGACAGUGGUGUCUUUCAUUUUGGCAUCUGCGGUGGCCCGGAAAAGAAGGAACCGGUGCUAUGGGGCAGGGCAACCAGUACGGAGCUGAUUCAUGUGCAGCGUCGCUACGGUGUUUCUCUUGCUAUUCUUCAGAAUACCGUACCUUUUAUUCGUUCGCGUGUUCAUGUGCUUCCGUUUGCAUCGGUUCUUGUCGAUUCAGCAGACAUGUCAUCAAAAGUAACGUUUCACAUUGUCAUUGAGGACAUUGUGAAUGAGGGAUCAUGGCAAUGCGUGGAGGAGACAUAUUUGAAUGGAUUUCGUUAUCUUACGGCUCAGGCAUGCACUGAGGCACGUAUGUGUUUUGAAAGUCUUGUCGCAUCCCCAUAUGUUACGCCUCAGCUCAUGCGUCUUCUCCGCUGUCAAAUAGCGCAAGUUCAACAAUGCGAUGUAAAGAAGCGCAGUCGGUUUCCAUCGGGGUGGCGCGUGGGUGGCUCGGACCAUGUGGACACCCUGACAUCAAAGUUUUCACCUGCUUCCGUUGACCAUAGUGAAAGCAUCGUGUCAGGGUUGCAUCCUCCCUCACUCACCUUUUGCGGAUCCCGGCGACGACUCACACCGAGCGCUCUCUCAACCAGUGCCUCUUCAACACACGUCUCGUCGGCGGGACAAGCCAUCGCGCAUGAGUUCUGGGACAAAAAGAAUGUACGGUGGAAGCGGGCGUCUGAAAAUUUCCCUGAGUCCGGUCGGUUUCCCGUCUUUUUAGGAAUCAGUGAUACGGGCACUCUUGCAGCACUUAAAUUCCUCCCCGUCUCAUCGCUUCCAGACUGCGGAUAUAAUGACAUGGAUUCUCUUGAUCUCGCCUUGACACGUGCACAGACGCUUUAUCAUGAGAACCUUGUGCAGCUUCUUGGUUACGGUCAAACAAAGGAACACAUGUGUUUGAUCAUGGAAUAUGUUCCAGGUGGAACACUGCGUGACACCGUACGACGGUACGGUCGUGCCUUGCCACUCAUGGCGAUAAAGCGUUUUUUGGUAGGUAUAUUGCGCGGGUUGGAAUACUUACAUAAUCGUGGUCUUGUACACGGUAAUCUUCGACCAGAGGAUGUUAUGGCUGCUGUGGAAGGCCUGUAUAAAUUACGGGGAGUCAGUAUGGCUUGCACAGCAGAAGCAGCAGCAGCCAUGACAGAAGAAAGACUGCGGGCAGAAUCUUGCCUUAAUAGAUGGGCGUAUAGCAGUCCAGAAGUAUUUACCACCGGAAAAAAAGGUGCUGCUGCAGACAUUUACGCUGUGGGUGUUAUUUUGCUGGAGUUGAUAACAAACCAAACGCCAUGGCGCUGGAUGGAGGGGACGAUAACAAGACCGUUGCAGAAUAUUUCUCCCGCGGAGGAUGACAACAUCCGGCAACAAAACACGAAGAAAACUCUUGUGGAGCUUACUGCGAUUCUUUCAGAUUAUGAUCGAAUGAAAGUGGCUCAAAUGGAAAGGAAAAUUUCGUUAGUGGAAAUCCCACGUGAGGGGGACGCACUUAUUCAAGAGGUGCUGCAAAGCUGUUUGGUGACGGAUCCCGAGGGACGUAAAACAGCUUCUGAACUUUUGCAGCUUCUGAGUAGCAUGCAGUAA